AUGGCCUCCACUUCCUUCCCAAAAACCCAACCUCCUCUAGUCUCUGAAUCCUUCCUGAGGGCUUCCCAUUUCAAGCUGGGCUUUGACCAGAGGCCAGAGGGUAGCACAGUAAUCUCCCCUUAUCGUAUAGACUAUCCUCCUAGAUGGGGCUCCUACCAGCGACAACCCAUUCUGCCUCCAAAAUGUGCUGAUGUCCUAAACCAAGAAAUGGGCGAUGCCUGGGACUCUCGCUCACAAUCAUACCUGUCCUAUCCGACCUGGCCUUUGGCGACGAAACCUGCAAUUAAUCCACUUGUAUCCAACUUCAAAAUGCAUGCAGAUCCCCGCCACAGCAUCCUCACUUCUAUCACCCGAGAAAGCUAUUCUUAUCCUCCUAGCCUCCCGCAUACCACUCCCAACCGUGUAGACAAGUGGGACGACAGUUUUCCCAGUGGGGACAAAGAGAAGGAACCUUUGCCAGAGACCCUUUACCAGCAGUCCUACCCAGCCUACAAAGGGGUGGUACCUCCAGCCAAGGCUCCAAACCAACACCUGGGAGGUAGGUUUACCCUGAGAGGUGAUGGCCGUAACUAUUUCAACACAUUUUACCAAUCACAGUUCACAGGUGAAUGGGCACCUCCAAUCAAGACCUGCAAUAAGAAUGUGGUAUCUGUAGUUUUUGGUGACCCUCGAUACGCCCAGGCAGUGAGUGAGCAGAAACAUGCAUAUACUGUCCAGGAACCUGAAGGUCAACGCUAUGACCCACAAGUUGCCUCAGCGAUGGUGCACCGUUCAAACAUUCAGCCUGGAGAUGGGCAGCACAGAUUUUCUACUAUCAUGUCUGAAUCAUACUUAUGGAACCAACCUGGCCCUCCAUCCAAUUCUAACUCCAAAAAGAAUGAGUCGUUUGUUCUCCUAGGAGAUCACGAGAAGAGAAAAUGCACCGGUAUAACCAACAACCAAUUUUACUACAAAGAGCCAAGUGCUAAGGACUUUGUGACACAGCCACAGAAGUGGCCACAAAAAAAGCUGCGCUUGGGAGAUAAACGGUUGCCCUUCUUUCAAAGUAUUCAUCAUUCUGACUAUCAGCCACCUCCUGAAAAACACAAACUGGAUUCCAGAGACAAAACUUCAACUGAUAGCCACGUUUUCUUCAACUAUGAAGGGCCUGGAGUGCCCACCUUCAACACCACUACAACUCAAGAUAUGCUUGUUCCUCACCAAGGGAGGAAGUAUCAGCUGACAGAAGAAGAUCUGCAAAAGCUCUUAUUGGAUAUUUCAGACAGCGUGAUCAGGAGCUCACUUUUAAGCAAGAAUUCCCAUUGA